AUUCCGUUGGAAUGAGAAAGUUCGUAAGCGGGUUUGAAUGCUCAUGUUCUUGCAGUUAAUAAACAAUCAAGUAAAUUUUUCGUGAGUGGAGAAAGUGUUUAGUCCUAACGAUUCGUUGGUCAUUGUUCUGAAACGUCCUGUACUCGAGCGUACAAAGUAACAUCGGAGUUGGCGGAGUGUCACGUGACGCGUCGAGGCAAAAACGCGGAUACGGGCUCCCUCUGCGCCAUAAAUUUACGCUGAGGGAUGAGAAAGGGAGCUCGGAGCUUUUUCAUCGAACAAACAACGCUUGUACUUUGGUCCACGCUAUUUUUUGUUUCUACGAGUCUUCGAGAACGGGCAGCAGCAGCAGCAGUGGCAGCAGUCCAAUGUUUUUGUUGAAACGACAUCGAAGCUAGGAACAACGGUCUUGUGACGAGAGAGCUGCCAUUUCGUUUGUACUACGGGAGCGGUUGUACCGCUGGAAUUGUAAUCGUUCGUAAAAGUACUGAAAAAUAGUGAAAAUUUCGCGGUGGCGAAUGGAAGCGCUUGAAAUCCUGGGCAAUACGAUUGUUGUGUGCAGUAUGAAAAUGGCCGACGAAGGAAAUAGCUCGUCGGACGAGAGCUUGGAUUUGAGCAGCAAAAAGUUCGACCCUGUGAAGGCUCUGUACUCGCAAAAGCUCGUAAUACCGAUGCCAUCGGCGCCGGUUUACGAUAAUUUGAGUAAAUACGAAUCCGUGCUGACAGGAUCGGCAGCAGGACCGUCAAAGGCGAAAGAGAAAUCGAGCGAGGCAGAUAAGGGCGAUGCUCCGAAGCGCAAGUUUUUGCCUCAUCAGGGACCAGUACAGGCGAGGAAUCGAGACGGAUGGACUGGAGCCGGGGAGAAAAAUAUUCUUGGCAAGAUGAAAAAUACUCUCGGACCGUUGAGCAUGAUGUACGAGUGCAUGGAAAAGAAGACACGCGUGAAGGUUUACACAAGAAGUGCACGAGGCGUGCGAGGAUUCGUGGAGGCUUACGUCGCUGCUUUUGACAAGCAUUGGAACCUCGCGCUUCAGGAUUGCCUCGAGGUGUGGACUCGUAAGGUCAAGAGGAAAGCACCAGCUCUGGGUCUUCCGGAGGUGGUGAAAUUCGAGGUGAGGGAUGAAGACGUUCCGAAGGUCAUCGUUAAGGAUUCCAACGGAAAGGAAGAAACCUUGGAAAGGCACGUACCGCAAAUGCUGCUUCGAGGAGAGCAAAUCGCAAUCAUUGUCAAAAUCAAUUGAGCCACGAAAAAAAAAGUUCGAACCAAAAUCACAGAAUUUUGUCUGAGUUUGCGAACUAUUUUUUUUUUUUUAUUGUUUUUCCUUCCUCUUGCCUUCACGAUUUCAACGAGCACUUAAUUGUGCAUUUUUUAUAUUUUUGUAAACUAUAUAAGAUCGGCUUAUAUUCGCUCGUGACGAAUGAAAAUUAAUUGAACGAAAUUGUCACGUUAUGAGAAAAAUCCGCAUUUUUCGUGUUUUAUUUUCCAUUGAAAUUUCUUCCGUAACGAAACGGAUGAAUACGUGACGCUUUAUUUUAUUUAUUAUUUUUAUCGUCAAUGCAUGAAUCGUAUAUUAAAAUAGUAACGUGCCAACUGUAAAUAUUGCAAAAUACAUAGUUUUUGACGAAAUUCAA